AUGGAGAAUUUUGACUACAAAAAAUCUAAGCAAAGAGCAAAGCAGCUUUACAAACAAGGCAAAUACAAGGAAUUCCUUGAGUUCAUUACUAAUGAUACCUAAAAAGGAGCAAAAUCAUCUGAUAAUCUAUUAUUAUACGGAGAUACUUUAAUUCUUAUAGCCAGAGUUUAGAUAGAAUAUGGUUUAUUUCCAGAUGCAGAAAAAAUGUUAGCACAAUUGAACUAAUACUUAUUAUCAAACCAAGACACUAUGAAUAAGCAAGAUAAAUUGGGGUAUUUCUAGCUUCAAUUUAAGUUCUAUCACGUGCAGUCUAAACUUUUUAUCAGAAGUAACUAUCUCCAGAAAGGCUUUGAUUUUAUCAAAAAAAGUAUUGCAGCAAUCGAGAAAUAAUAAGAUAAGGAAUUGGAAAAGAUUAAGUAUAAGUAUCUGUGUAAGCUCUAUGAAUAAUUAGGGCAUCUUUAUUGCGAGCCAUAUUGCUUCGCUGAGGGAGAGAAAGAAUUGAAUAAAGCUGAGAAGAUAUAUUUAGAGCAUAAGGAUUUAUUUAACAAGGUAUCAUACAGGAAAUUCCUGAUAAAAAAGUCAUCAUAUAUGAAAAAAUCAGGAUUCUUUGUAGAGGCAAUGUAAAUUCUUACUGACCUUGAGAAAGAGCUGAUAGAAGAGUUAAAAAAGCCAAGCCUUGAGCAUGAAGAAGCUAAGUAAUUGAAAAAGCAAUUGUUUAAGGCAUUGAGAGAUUAGUCUAGACUCCAUGGACUUAGAAGAUAAGAUAAUUAUGCAAAGGAAAUUCAUGCUAGAGCUGAGAAAUUGUUGAAAGAAGAAGUUUAUCAAGGUAUAACUAACAAUAUUAAGAUAGCUAAGCUUCAAUUAAUCAAAAGUCUUUGGAUGGCUAAAUUUAGCUUUGAACAAUCGAAUGAUGAGCUCCUAGAAGCAUUUAGUCUUUUCAUUGAGUUAUCUGGGAGUCAAACAAACUAUUUCGGGGCUAAUUGCUUUUUUGAAAUUGGAAGCAACUAUCUCAGAUUGAAUCAAGCUCAGACUGCUAAUGGCUUUGUUUAUAAGGCCUAUGAAAUAUACAAAGAGUUAUUUGGAGAGAGACAUCCAAUGAUGUAAAAAUACUACUCUUACUCUAGUGAAGUUGCUUCUAGUUUAGACACAGUUGAAUCAAAGACUGAAUUGAAAUCUGACGAAGCAGUAAUAAUGUUAUCUCUAUAGAUGGUUAACUUAUCAGAAGAGGUUAAUAAUAUAUGUGAAGACGGAGAACCAUCAAUUUUCGUGCUUGACCCUCUCGUUUCAUAUAUCAGUUUAUUAGCCUCUAAUAAAGAUAGACUUGCUGAAGCUGAGGAGAAAAUUGCUGAGGCAGAGCAUAUCUUUGGUAUUCGUGGUUUAGCAGCUGGAACUCAGCUACUUCAUUCAGUGAGAACUGUUCAGAGUUUGAUCCUUAUUAAAAGUGAGAAGCUCAAGGAUGCCAUGGACCUAUUAGAAUAAUCUUAUGAGAGUUAAGUAAAGGUUUUAAAGAACAAUCGCGCUCAUCCAUUCUUGGAACAUAGUAUUUCUUAGCUCGCAUUACUCUUUAGAGUUAACAAGAAGUUCAAUGAGGCAGAAGAAAUGUAUCUUAAUCAAAUAAAGAUUAAGGAACUUUAUUAUGGCUCAAAUUCUGAAUAGCUUAUCAUACCUCUCAGAAACCUAGGGUAGACUUAUAUCUAUUAAGAAAAUGAUGAACAAGCAAAAGAGGUACUUUAAAGAGCAGUCAACAUUGGAAGAGAAGCAAUUAAAAGGGAUUCCAAAUUAAAAACUAAAAUUGGUGACCAGGUGAUGGAGAUAUACUCCCUCUUUUACAGUAUUUUUGAAGAGAAAAAACAAUAUGACCAAGUUAGAUUCAUAUCAACUGAUUUACUCGAUUUUACUGAGGAAGUCUUUGGUGAGAAAUCAUUACAGUACUCUUAGGCUGCUUUCAAUCGUGCUAGAGUUAUUAUGAUGGAAGAAGGAGGAGAUAUGAAUGAGAGCAAACGCUAUAUCUUGAAGGCAGUUGAAAUCGAAGAACAUUUGUAAGAAAAUAAAACUGCUAAAUCCGUUGUUUUGGGAAGAUAUCUUUACUGUGCUGGAACUAUUUUCAGCGGCUUGAAUGAUAGCAAAACAGCAAAAACCUAUUUCAAAAGAGCCUAUGAUAUUGUGAAAAUCAUUCCAGGGCUAGAGGCAUUAACCAAAGAGCUCGAAUAACAUAUUGAGUUAUGCGAUGAAAAGAAUGAAAACUCAUAGGAGCAUAACGAUGGAAACAGCUUAGGUGUUUCAGAUGUCAAAUAAUCUAGAGUCGAAUAAAAAAAUAAGAAUCAAAUGACUGAUUUAAUUAUAGCUGGGGCAGCUAUCUCAGUUGUUAUUGGAACCUUGACAUUCGCUUAUUUGAAAUUUAAGGGAAAAUGA